AAGUAUUUACCAAUUUAUAACAAACAAUUAAAUAAAUUAAUGAUGGCGAAUUCUAAAGAAGAAUUAGCAGUUCUGGCUUUUCAAAACUAUUUAAAGAAAGACUUCACAUCGGCAUUGCAAAAUCUUAGCGAUUUAGAAAGUAUUAUAUGCAACAACAACACGUUACUGAGAAGAGUUCAGCACAACAAGGCUGUAGUGGAAUUUGCGGCUAGUGAUCUCAAGAAUAUAGAUCAAUUCAAAAAAGCCAUCGCUCAUAUAUCAAAUGUUAACUUUACAGACGUCGACACCAAAGAUCUGAGCAUGCCAUGUUUGUUAUACAACUAUGCAGUGGUACUAUAUCACUCCAGGUAUUACUAUCAAUGUACAGUUAUUCUAGAAAAACUAUUGACUUGUAAGAAUAUAAAAGAUGUAAAAUUGCAUAACCAAAUUAUACUGCUGCUACUAGAAGCUACAUUAUGUAGGCGCACAUAUGAAAAAACACUUGAAAUAGCUAAAACUUAUGGUGAUUCGUUGAAAUCGGAUACUGAGGUUAGUGGCUUAUAUGAAAGACUUAUUUCAAGGGCACAACUUUAUUUGGGAUUUAAGAUCAAGUUAAAACCAGACUCGAUUGAAAAUGUGUUUAUUGUAGCUCAACAGAAGUACCUUAAUGGAGAAAUCAUAGAUGCUGCUAACACACUCGGCGAGUACAGGACAAUGAAGUAUAACUAUGAUCUAAAAACUCAAGGAGAAGACAUAUGGGCAGCUAUUAAUAACAAUCUUGGCGUUAUAUAUCUAUCUAUAAAGAAACCAUAUUUGGCAUCUAAAUAUUUUCAGCAUGCUGUAAAAGAACAUUUUAAAGCUAUGGACAAUGAUGAUAGUGACAUGUUAAUAGUGUGUAAGGAUAGGCCACUCUAUGUUUAUAAUUUGGGACUGGCCUUACUUGCUGCCAAUAAUUCUGAAGGUGCAUUUGAGUGCUUAGUGGAAGCUGCUCGGCACUACCCUAAUAAUCCCCGGAUUUGGCUAAGGCUUGCUGAAUGCUGUGUAAAGAAAUGUUGUCGUGAAGAAGCACAGCCAUUUACAGUCAAAAAGUUAGGAAGUGGGCCACAUACAAAAAUAUUGCUGACAAAAGAAAAUAAGGAAAAAUAUCCUGUAUCUGGUGACUCAUUUGCAAUACCCUCACUGUCAUUAGAAUUUGCAGCACUCUGCUUGAAAAAUGCAAUAACAUUGCUUCCUGAUCAAGAACCAUCAUCAAGUACGUCCACAAGUUUCAUACAAUCUCCACCUGGUCCACCCAUCAAUUGGAAACAGAGAUGUGAUUUGAAGAAUUCAAUCCUAGUUCUUCAGAGUUAUAUAUUCUUGCAAUUACAAGACCCACUAUCAGCUCUUAUGAGUGCUAAUGAGCUGUUGGCUCAGUCUGAUUCAACAAAUGGUCAAAAAGCAUGGGCUCAUAUUUAUGCUGCAGAAGCAUUAAUAAACCUUGACAAAAUUUCUGAUGCAGUGGACCACUUGCAUCCGCCUAUGAUUCAUGAUUUGGUGUCAGUUCUGCCUUAUCAAAUGAGAGAUAUGAUUGCUGUUUCUGUUUGGGCAAAGGCAGCUGUAUGCCAUAUAUUGAGAGGAGAUUUACUAACAGCAAGAAAAAUUUUGCUGCAAAUCAAUUCACCACGGGUUUUGCCUCUUCAAAUGUACUUAGAGAUUUGUACAGGGAACAUUGAAAAUUGCCACACAAUUUUACGGAAAAUACGUACAUCUAAUAACACCACAAUUUAAAUAAAAUAUUGAUUUA